AUUUACUAGCGCUUCUUCGCAAGGUUAUGUCAAUUACUUCACAUCACUGCAUUUUGUUUUUUCAUCUGGGGUUUACAUCUGAGCCUUCAUGCGAGGUGGUUUUCAGUGCAUCGGUUUCACACAGCAAGAAUGACGUCUGGGUGAUCGACUGGAUGGACAAUUGUAUUACCAGGUGAAAAAAGAAACUACGAGAAAAUUAGCCUCUGGUUUUAAAUGAGAUGCCUUUAAUGGAGGGAUACUUUUACAGUUUAACACAGAAGAAAUAAUGGGUUGCAGUCUGCAGAGGAACAUCCUUUCACAGUCGAAGGCUAGAAAAUGAAACGACAUACCUAAGAAAAAAGACCAUUAGUAAAAUCUGGAACACAAUAGAUCAUUCAUUUGCACACCGAAAGAGUAAAUUCUCCUUCCCUCUGCACCAUUUCUUUCUUACUCUCUGUGUGUAACACACAUACUCAUACACACGCCAAAAACACAAAUCAUGCCAGAAAAUGUUAGCUCCAGAAUGGACACACCCACAAACAUCUCCCUGGUGGGACCCGGUGAUGCCGUUUCCGAGUCCCUGGAGUAUAAAACAGUUUCUGUGUUUUUGGUGUUGCUGGUCUGUGGGGUGGGAAUUGUGGGAAACAUCAUGGUUGUGCUGGUGGUUCUUACCACGCGACACAUGCGUACACCCACCAACUGCUAUCUGGUGAGUUUGGCGGUGGCGGAUCUGAUGGUUCUGGUGGCUGCAGGUCUGCCGAACAUCUCGGAGAGCCUGAUGGGCACCUGGGUGUAUGGGCAUGCCGGGUGCCUGGGCAUCACCUACUUUCAGUACCUCGGCAUUAAUGCAUCCUCCUGUUCGAUCACAGCCUUCACGGUGGAAAGGUACAUCGCCAUAUGUCACCCAAUGAGGGCACAAACUGUCUGUACGGUGUCUCGAGCCAAGCGCAUCAUUGCUGGGGUUUGGGCCUUUACCUGUGUCUACUGCAUGCUUUGGCUCUUCCUAGUGGACAUCCAGGUGGACCCCGAGGGGCGUGUACAGUGUGGUUACCGUGUCUCUCGAGACCUCUACCUGCCCAUCUAUCUCAUCGACUUCGCCAUCUUUUACGUCAUCCCUCUACUUCUGGCCAUUGCCUUAUACGGUCUCAUCGCCCGAAUCCUUUAUUUGAACCCUCUACCCCACACACCCAACUCGGGCACCAUAACUGCCCCCACUCUCAGGAGGAGCUGUAAAGAUCCAGCAGAUGCCAGUAAGGCAGGUCGCCAAGGACGCCCGAAGACUGCGCUCUCCUCCCGGAAGCAGGUCACUAAGAUGCUAGCAGUGGUGGUUGUGCUGUUCGCCCUGCUAUGGAUGCCGUACAGAACCCUGGUUCUUAUUAACUCAUUCGUAAGCACGCCCUACCUAGAUGCCUGGUUCUUGCUCUUCUGCCGGAUCUGCAUUUAUGCCAACAGUGCGAUCAACCCUGUGGUUUACAACCUGAUGUCCCAGAAGUUUCGUUCGGCCUUCCGCGGGCUGUACCGCUGUCAGAGGGAGGACGGACAACAUCGGACGCUCUCCAUGCUCCAAAGUGGAUGCAGCCUAAGAGACACCCGACCCUGUAACAAUACCAAUGGCACCAGAAACACACUGAAGAAAAAUGGUUCAAGCUCCCCUAAGCAAAACCAAAACAAACUCAACGACAUAGAGAACACCCUAACAACAAGCGAUGAUGUAACAAACGAGACAGAUCCAAAUGUACACAUCGGGAACACUGCUAGCGAUAAAAGCCAAACCUCAGAAGACAAGGAGAUGUCUACACUGAAAGAUGUGGACAGGAGUGAGAAUACUGAUAAUGGUAAGAAUACGGAGAAAAGCGAGGCUACUAUUCAAGAUAUCAUCGCUGACAUGGGAAGCACAGAGGAGAUGCUGAGCUCUGCCACACUGGAAAAAACUGAUCAGAAUGACAGAGAGCUGAUUCAUAGCCAUGUAUAAAUCACUAGUACUCAAUAUUUUCCUUAUUUACUGCAUGCAGAGAAUGAAAAGAGAUCCAAGAGGACAAAAAGAGGUUUGAAAUUGUGAUGUACGUCCUUAGCUGUCGUGUUCUCUCUCCAGUGAAGGUGGCAAAACUGACAUGCCUCCUUUUCAGAGAGACACACACAUGGCAUGCUCGAUUUGGGCAAAUGAUCACAAUGCAAUUCAAACUAUGAUAAAUAUUUGACAAAGUGUAUUGCAGCUGCUCAGUUAUAAAGACUAGAAGAACAAAAAGGCAUAAAAGUGCCCUGUAAGACUAAAGCACAAAUGAGACCUCUUUAAUGUCUCUUUUUUUAAUGAGUCUUUAAAAGAUUCAGUCAGUUUAUCUCAAAGAACUUCACCCAAAAAAAUACUGAGUAACAGAGCAUAAAGAUGAACUAUAUGUAUAAUUCAGUUUUAGCUCAAUUUAUUCAAGACUUUAAUUCAAUGAAUUUAAUUCACACUCCGGUGUGUGCUGUCUUUUCUCAUUACAUAGGUUGAUUCCAACUGAAUGAGAAAAAACAAAUCUUACCACCCAUCCAGCUUUUAAAGCAACAUCCCUGAGUUGUCCUCAAAAAACACUGAGGAACUUGGCAGGUGCUUUAGGGCAUGAGAUCCAUUCGGAUGCAUUCAACCAACUAUAAGGCCCAGAGACACUUCUGUGUUUUUACUAACACAAGACAUCCCAUAGUUGGAUGUAUUGUCUAUCCAUUUGUUUCAUAAAAACUGAAAUACACUCAACUCCCUGUAUGGCUAGAGGUAUGCUGAGCUUUUUAGACCCCAUUUAUGACCUCAUAAAGAUGAGUAGAGUAAGGCAUUCAUUUGUCAGGUGUAGUUAUUCACUUAUUUCUGUAGAGAGCAGAGAGAGCCGAUGGUUUCUGUUGAAGCAAGGAGAGGCCUGUUUACACCUGGUAUUAAGGGGCUGUUUAUACCUGGAAUUAAGAUUGUUUUUUGUCGAUCGGAUUACACAUGGUAUUUUAAUCCUUCUCUUUUGUCUACUUUUGACCGCUUCUGCCCUGAUUACUUUAAAGGGAAUGCCCUUUGGAGAUUGUGGGCGAGUACCUCGCUUUCGUUUAAAUGCGAGCGGGAGAAAUGACGGAUUGAAAUUGAUGCAAACUAAGGCCCUGGCCGUUUCUCAAUGUCAAGGAAGGAUCCUCGGAAGCCAGUAUUUCGAGGAUUCUACGUCAUCGACGUCCAUCGAAGGACUGUUCCAAUGUCGAGGAUCCUCGGAAUUUCAGCCAAGGACUGAGUCCUUCGUUCGAGAAAUAUUCCAUAGACAGGAAAGGAUGCAUAUGUGUAUCCUUUGCGCGCUGACAUCACCCACAAUCCUAUGCGCGCAGCACCGAAAACAGACCUUUCAUUGACGCAAUGACGCGCACUUGCUAGCCUGUUCCAUUUAAGUGUUCUUCGAAUGCUUAAGAGGAGCCUCGCCUAUCCUCUGAACGAAGUGACUUGUAAGGACUAGUCCUGCCAAGGAAGUAUCCUUGACAUUGAGAAAAGGCCCCUGUUUACAAAAGAACACUCAAGGGUGAAAACGUAAAAAUAUUUUAUCGGAUGUUCAUUUCGUUUACACAGUGACAGCAUUUUUGGGGCUAAAAAACGCAAAAAAGUGAAACCACCCUCCAGAGUGGAAAUCUUAAAAAUGCUCUACAGUCACGUUCCCGUCUAUAGGGUAAAAACGCAAAAGUCUGCUCAGGGUGGCUUUCGUCGCUUCUCUUUCCAGCAGUUGUACGGAAUAUUGACAGCUAGUAUUACUGAUGAUGAGGUGCAUUAAUUACAUCUAUAAAAUUGUUGAUGCGCCAAUUCGUCAGAGGCAAACCAGGCAGCUUUGGACGAGACCUAGGAGAACAAGGAAGAAGGUUGUAUGCAGGUGCACAGACUUCAUGUUGUUGUGUGUCAGUGCUUCACAUUGCCAUCUAGCGGCCUGGAGGGCAUACUACAUCGAAUAUCACACACUUUUGCAUCACCAUAUUCACGCAGUUUUCCCCCCAAAACGUUCGUAUAAACAUUGAUAAAAAUUGAUAAUGCAACACUACUUUUGCAUUUUCUCUUCAGAUCGUUUUCGUGUAAACGUAGCCUAAUAUUAUGUCAUAUUACCACAGUGUGUUUUCGACUACCUUUGAAUGUGGUCAAAAGUGGACAAGCUCAAAACUUUUUACGUCUCGUUUACACAUGUAUUUAGUGUCGUCACUUGUGAUCCGAUCAACCGAAAUGCAUCUUAAUACCAGGUGUAAACCGCCUCUUUAAGAUGUGUUUUGGUCGUUUGGAUCACAAGUGGAUGACACUAAAAAUGGGGUGUAAAACGUUUUAAGCUCGUCCAUUUAUGACGACAUUCAGAGGUAGUUGAAAACGCAUUAGACUGCUUUUGUGGUGUAGAUGCGCACGUAGUUAAAUGUGUUCAAACAGCCACAAGAGACUGCCUACUCUCCACAUAUGUGAUUUACAGAGCACAUUAUUUUUACAUAAGACCUGACUUCUAGCGCGACAAGCAGGGUUCAGCACUAUCUUUAGGCUUUCAUCGAUAUAACUUAAGUGACUGCUCUCUGCCUCUUUUAUAUUUGUUUCAUUUUGUGAGUGUUUGAAAGUUACGCAAGCUUAUACAUGUGAAAUAAAAUAAAUGUGAUAUGAAAUCACAUUUUAUAAAUUUGAUAUGAAAUAUCAGAGAAAGCUCUUAAUAUAAAUGUGCAAAACACUGUGCAGCAACACAAGCAGCGGACUCCGACAUAAUAUUAGUUUGCAUCAAUUUAAACCUAUUAUUCCUCCUACUUGCAGUUAAACAAAAGCAAAGGGACUCGCCCACAGACCACCCCCUUAAAGUAAUCAUGACAGAAGCUGUCGAAAGCAGACAAAAGAGACAGAUUAAAACACCAGGUGUUUAACCAAAACACAUCUUAAUGCCAGGUAUAAAUGCCAGCCCACAAUUAAGAGAUGUAAGUAGUUGUAACAUAUACGUAUAUGUCAAAAUGUCAAUCAAAAUGAUUAAUAACUUGUUGAUUGAUGACCCCUCUUUUAUGACUUUUAGCUUUUAAUCAAUAAUCGUUGGCAUUUUUUAUGGUUUGCAUUUUUAUGGAGUUAUGAUAGUGCCAGUCUAGUUCAUUGGCGGCCGCUGACUUCUUUUUUUAAGGGCACUUGAUGCGUAGUUCGUCACAACAUGUAUUUAGCUGUCAUGUGUGUGGAUCCAUUUUUCAAAAUAUGUGUUCUUUGCAUUGAGAGAUCCUAUGUGCAUCACGUGUCUUGUCAAAAUAAUUGCCUGUUUCAGAUGCGUCUAAAGGGUUUAUGAUAAAAGAGACGCUCGCGUUUGCCAGAUACUCACAUAAUCUCAUGUGUAAUCAUAGUUUACUGUUAAGGGAGUGUAUUGCGUGUAUUUUGUGAACAUGAGCGUCUCUUUUAUUAUAAAAGGUUUUGACGCGUGUGCAGCAGGCAAUUAUUUUGAUGAAACACAUGAUGCACAUGGUUUACAUGACGCAACAAACACAUCUUUUGAAAACAUGAGCAACACACAUGACACUCCGAACACUUAUUUUGAAUUUGCGCCCCUCGGAUGAGCAGUCACGAGCCGCCACUGGUCAUGUUUGACUGUCAUUCUUAUGACCUGUUCUGUGUGUGGUCUGACCCCCACCAACAUAUUGCCCUGUUCUGAAUGUUUUGACAUGGUGAAUAAAUGUUUAUUUUGUGUGUGGGUGUUUGUGACCCCCCACCACCAUUGUCCUACUGAUGGUUCAUCCUUUCCUCCUCGACCCCCAACAUUUAUUUAUUUACCUUGUCAACACAUUUAGAACUAAUUACACCUAUCACAAACUUAAUGGGGGGUAAGGAAGGAAGACAUAUCUGUUACAACAGGGCAAUGCUUGUGGGGGGUUAGACCACACAAAGGAACAGGUCAUAAGAAUGACAGUCAAACAUGAUUGACACUAAAAUAACACCAUAAAAAUGUAUAUUGUAUAUAAGUAUAAUAUACUUGAUUGACAGCGAAAAGCCAUAAAAAUAGGGGUCAUCAAUCAAUAGGUCAUCAAUCAUUUUGAUUGACAGUUUGACAUACAACUUCUGAUCUAACCACAAAAAAAUUAUUUUUUCCCUGAGGAUCACAGUGAGAGCGAAAAAGUAAUUCUGAAGGAACAGUGUUAUUAAGCAUGCGCUACUUUAUGCCUUUCAAAGCCUCUCAAAGUGGUUAUGUGGAGAUUUAACAUUGGCAUGAUUUGCUGUCAUCCUCAGUUGAAUGUGAAUCAUGUGUUGCUAUUUUGGUAUGACAUUAAAUCUGCUUUCUCUGAGGCCGGGUGAACUGCAUCAAGAAAUUUUUAUGUCUUCUGAAGUGUUUUGUUGUUGUUCUUCUUGCGGAGAAUGUGUCGUUCUGCAUUGAAGCACAAGUUGAAUUCGACAUACUUUCCUGUACUAUGAACCUUUCAGUUUUCUUGUCUCUUUCUCAGAGAUGAUUAUUCAAUUUCAGACUUCCUCUGCCUUCCAUCCAAUAUUUUUUGGACUACAUUUCUGUAUGUCAUUUUAUGUUGAGAGAUGUAUUAAACAGUGAACAUUGCUUAGUCUGUAGCGCAUAAUGCUCAGCCUGUGUACGGUAAUUUUAGACUGUGCUCGUCGCUAUCCCACAAUGUUUUGAGAUUCCUAAUAUCCGCUAUUUAUUAAAGUCAUGUUUCCAUGCCAGAAGCUUUUCCUGAUGUUGUUGAAAAGACAAUUGUGAGCCUAGAAAGCUUAUUACUAGUUUCUAUUAAUAAUGUAAUCUAUUUUGAAAGCCAUUGAUAUUAUGUUCAUAUUGUGAUAUGAAGCUUCUAUUUGCUUUUCAUUUAAAACUGUGUUCGGUGUUUGCUUGAAUUAUAAUUGAAUGUUAAAAUCUGUCUGGGUGUUCAGUACAGUUCACUGCACUGUUUAUUUUUCAAAACAGUAAAAAAAUUCAUAUGAAUGAAAAAAGCAUAUAUAUAUACACACACAUUUUUUUCUCCUUGCCUGGUUUCAUUUGGCAUCCUAUGUGAAAAUUAAAGCUGGA